AUGGAAUUUACUGCGGUGAUAUUUUGUGGCAAGGGAAAGUCUCUUGAUCCCUUUUCCGAGACGCGAGCUACUGGGUUACCAAAGGCACUUUUACCCAUAGCCAAUGAGCCAAUGAUUAAUUAUGUGCUAGAUUGGUGUUACGCUGCAGUUUUGUCAAGGAUAAUAGUUGUCACUCAAGAAGAAACAAAUGACUCAGUAGCUGCAGCAAUCGAAAAGUUUAAGAAACUAAGACGCGAGAAGUUUGAGCUGCAGGCUGACAUCGCUGAUACAGUAGUUGCAACUCCAAUAGAGAUCAUGCCAUUCACGGCUGAUAAUAGUGCUGAAGUUAUCCACCACCUUUACAAGAAUCCACAGCUUAGAAUGAAAUCACAAAACUUUAUAUUCUUACCGUGUGACUUCAUUUCAAAUUUACCACCGCAAGUUCUAAUUGAAGCAUUCAGGAACAGAAAUGAAACCGAUUUGGGGGUUUAUAUUGCAUACAAGAAUCAACUAGAUAUAGAGGACAAGAAACUGAAGAUAUUUGGGAAAAAGUAUACAGUGUACACGGGUGAUGCCCAGGAGUCAGUCUUACUCGACGUUUAUGGAAAGGCCGAUAUUGAAAUGUCAAAAAUGUUGAAAAUAAGGACCCAGAUGUGUUGGCGAUACCCAAAAUCAAUUGUGAGCACGAAUUUACUAAACAGUGGAAUCUUCAUAGUUUCCGGUAGGAUCUUUGACGUCAUUGAAGAAUCAUCCAACAAGUUUAAUGAAGUGUAUUUUGAAAGAAGAAACUACGACAAAUUCAUUCGUGAUUUGGCAAGACGGUCGUGGAAACAUUCCGGCAGUAAGGAUACAGUUGGCCUUUUUGUGGUUCCAUCCGAGGCAUCUUUCUUUAGAGUUAACAACCUACCGGUAUUGAUGGAGGCUAAUAGACAUUUCAUGAAACAACAGGCGAUGAAGAAGGGGCAGUUGCAACAAGGUUCUCAACAGAAAGACAAGUUAGCAGCACAUGUUGGAAAUGAUUCAAUAAUAGGCGAUAAAACUGAAUUGGGCGAAAAGACUAACGUGAAGCGCAGUGUGGUGGGGCAUAAUUGUAAGAUAGGUAAAAAGGUUAGAAUUACCGGAUGUUUGAUCCUUGAUAACGCAAUUAUCGGCGAUGACGUUCAAUUAGAAAACUGUAUUGUUGGUCACCACGCUAAAAUCCUUCCAAAAGUAAAGUUGAUCAAUUGCAAUAUUGAAUCUACUAACGAGGUACCAACAGGAACCCUGUCCAAAGGUGACACAUUGCUCUGUAUGAAUUUAGAGACUGUGGAAGAUGGUGAUAGCGAAGAAGAGUUUGUAUUGAGGACCGGCCCGCUAAGCGAUACUAGCUCUGAUGAGGAUGAUGAUGAUGAUGGUGAUGAUGAUGGCGAGAGUGAAGACGAGAGCGAGUUCGAAGAUGAAUUUACGGGUAACGACGAUGGGUUGUUUGCAUAUUGA